AUGGGACGGACGCCCAAGAUCUAUCCCGCAACGACUGCAAGAAACGUAAAUGUUCGGGAUGGAGGGAGAGACACCCAGCUGCUCAUGAGAGACAAGAAUCGUCCAAACCAAUCAGACGGAGACAUUGAGUGCUCAAUGGAGACGAAACUGACUUGGACGAAUCAGGAUGCAACACCAACUACUGGGAGAGAGUAUAAGCUUCAGGAGUGGAUGAGAAGCAAGUGUAGAGAGAAGAAACGGAUUGGAUCAAGAGCUGACCAAUCAGACAGAAGCACACAUCUUAAUGGAUAA